AUGAACUGUAUUAUGUCAUCCUCCCAAAAAUUUUUCAAAAACUUCAAUAGAUGUGACGUUAAUGUAUUGGCCCGUGAAGAACUGGAAUCUCACCUCAAAGAAGAAUGCACAGUUUCCGUUCAUAGUUGUAAUUUUAAAGAAGCGGGAUGCAGAUUUAAAGGACCUAGAUAUGUAAUAGAAAAACAUAUAGAAGAGAAUUGCCAGCAACACCUGACCCUUAUGUGCAAUAUUGUAUCUAAACAGCAACACCAAAUCACCUCUUUAAAAAGUGCGUUGUCCAGAUUGUCAUUGAAUUAUUCUGGAACUCUGAUUUGGAAGAUUAGCGAUUUUUCAACGAAAAUGGCUGAAGCCAAGACCAAGGAAGGAAUGGAAUUAGUGUCCCCACCUUUUUAUACUAGUCAAUAUGGAUAUAAACUACAGGAUUUUGAUCAAUACUUAGACGGGUUAACUCCGAAUUUUGUAGUUGUAGUUGCGCAUAGGUACCGUGAAUUAUUGAGUGUUGCCUCACAGAAAAGAGAUUAG